UAAUGUCAUAAGUCAUUUUAGAACUUUCUAAACGACCGGCAACCGCGACGCAAUCGUUAUAAUUUUUAUAAGACAUCAAGGGUUAUUUUAAAAUCUAUUAUGAAUUCAUUAAUACGCAAAAGAGUGCUCGCCUUACGUGAACUUGCGAGUAUAAGGAUGUAUUCUGGUGAACCUGGAUCAGGUGCUGGAAAAGGAGGUGGUGGUGGUGGAGCCAUCCGUGAAGCUGGUGGUGCCUUUGGCAAGAUGGAAGCCGCCAGAGAAGAUGAAUACUUUUAUAAAAAGCAAAAAGAGCAACUAUUAAACUUAAAAGGUCACAUGGAAAAGGAGAUUGCGUUCCAUCAAGAUCAAAUCAAACGCCAUGAAGAUGCAAUCAGACGCCACAAGCAAACUCUAUCAACAGUUGGAGACCACAACUGAAUUUCAUUUAAAUGUCUUAUAAGUCCUGUCCUGCAUAUAAGGAAAGUUUUUAGUGCUUAAAAGGUAUAAUAACUUGAAAGAAAUUUCUGUUACAAUACUGGUUUUUGGCUUUUAUUUUAAUUAGUUUGUUGAAGGAUACAAAUAUAUAGCUUUGUAUACAGGUA